GUAAAAUUAAUUUUUUUUGCCUUUUGAUAUGCAAAUUAAUGAAUAGAUAACUGGUAUCAAUGGAGAUGUUAAAAUAUAACAUCAAAAUGAUGGUGGAAUUUUGCAGAUAUUUGGUUGACUCAUCUUCAGUUCAUUGUCCCAAUUAUCUAUUAAAUCCACCAAUAAUCAAUCGAAAUAUUUCAGCACACCAAAUAAAAAUUCUUUAACUUUGAAAGAUGUAUGUACUCAAACAAGAACUUGUGCAAUUGGUGAUGAAGAAAAUGAACUGUAAGUAGCAUGUAACUUGGCGUGUCAAUGCCCAGUUACAUAUAGCAUGACCAUUCAGAAAAUUGGAACCUACCAAGGAUCGAAGCCUUAGGCUACCGCCUAAGACGCGUAAUACUUUGAGCUGCAGGUUUUCCAGUCCUUAAUAUAUGUACAUGCAUUCAUUACCAUAUCUAUCUGUUAAAACUCUAAAUGCAAGUCUAACCAACGAAUGAAGUCACUUAAUUUUUACCUCCAUAAGCUCUACAGAUCCCAAAAUUUCAACAAUAUAAAAAUUUCUUGCCAUCUGAAUCAUUCUCUAACCCAAAGCAUUCCACCUUUGUUGAUUUCAGGGUCGAGUAAGGAGUCAGUCGAUCCCAAAACAUUACCAACUCAGUUAUCUAAUUGCACCAAUUUAAAACAACUAAACCAAAUUUAUGCUCAUAUAAUUCGAACCCAUUUCCUUGAAUUAUACCCUUUUUCAUUCCAUUACAAUGUUGUCAUCAGAUCAUACACUAGGCUAGAGUCACCUGUUAAGGCACUACAUGUUUACGUUGCCAUGUCUCAUGCUGGUGUCACGCCAGAUGAAUAUACAAUUCCAAUUGUUCUGAAAGCCGCGAGCCAAAAUUUCGAUUAUGUGUUGGGAAAACAAAUUCAUGGGAUUUCAGUUAAACUUGGGUUGGAAACUAAUAUGCAUUGUGAAAGUGGCUUUAUUAGUUUGUAUUUCAAGGUGAGCAAACAUGAAGAUGCACUUAAAGUAUUUGAGAAAAGUACUGACAGAAAGCUGGGAUCUUGUAAUGCUGUUAUAGGAGGGUUAUCGCAGGGCGGACGUGCUAAGAAAGCGGUAGUGAUGUUUAUUGGAAUGAUGAGAAAUGGGAUUCGGCCUGAUGAUAUCACUAUGGUUAGCUUGACAUCAGCUUGUGGAAGUUUAGGUGAUUUAAAUUUGGCCCUCCAAUUGCACAAGUGUGUUUUCCAGGCAAAAAUUGAGGAAAAGUCGGAUAUUCUAACGAUGAAUUCGCUCAUUGAUAUGUAUGGAAAGUGUGGCCGGAUGGACUUAGCUUCUAAGGUGUUUACAAGAAUGAAGGUGAAGAAUGUGUCGUCAUGGACGUCAAUGAUUGUCGGUUAUGCGUCACAUGGACAUGUGGGAGACGCGCUAGAGUGCUUCCGUUGUAUGAGAGAAUUUGGGGUAAGGCCUAACUACGUGACAUUCGUUGGGGUACUAACAGCGUGUGUGCACGGUGGGACAGUCGAAGAUGGAAAUUAUUAUUUUGACAUGAUGAAAAAUGUAUACGGGAUUAUGCCUGUGCUACAACACUACGGGUGCAUGGUGGAUUUGUUUGGUCGGGCCGGAAUGCUGGACAAGGCCAAGGAGAUGGUGGAAAAUAUGCCGAUGAAAGCGAAUGUUGUGAUAUGGGGGUGUUUGAUGGGUGCCUGCGAGAAGUAUGGUAAUGUAAAGAUGGGGGAGUGGGUGGCUAAUCACUUGAUAGAGUUGGAACCUUGGAAUGAUGGAGUAUAUGUGGUUUUGUCAAAUAUUUAUGCAAGUAAUGGUAUGUGGAAAGAAGUAGAGGGGAUUAGAGAGAUUAUGAAGUACAGAAAACUUGCUAAGCUUCCUUCUUAUAGCUUGCCAGGAGUUGAAUCUGGAAACCAUUAAGUUCGUGAGAAGUCGUUUGGUUUACAGUGUAUCCAAACUGGAUUAUUUCUUACUGCAAGUAAUACUUCAUUGUUCAUUCCCUGAGAGUUACACUUG